AGGUCUUUUUAGGCUUUAGCUGCUUCUCCUGGGGCGAAACUAGGGUUAGGGUUAAGAGUUUUUGGUUCUCGUGGUGCGAUCGUUUGCCAUGGAGGAGAUCACCGAGGGAGUGAACAACCUCAGCGUCGCCGAGCCCCACAAGAAGAACCGGAUCCAGGUCUCCAACACUAAGAAGCCGCUCUUCUUCUACGUCAACCUCGCCAAGAGGUAUAUGCAGCAGCAUAAUGAAGUGGAGCUUUCGGCUCUCGGAAUGGCAAUUGCUACUGUCGUAACCGUUGCCGAGAUUCUCAAAAACAAUGGCCUUGCGGUCGAGAAGAAGAUCAUGACAUCUACCGUUGAUAUGAAAGACGAAUCAAGAGGUCGUCCGAUCCAGAAAGCAAAGAUCGAGAUAUUGCUGGGAAAGACGGAGAAGUUUGACGAAUUGAUGGCUGCUGCUGCAGAAGAAAGGGACGCUGCCGACAGUGAGGAGCAAAGCUAAAAUUCAGCUCUUUUCCUUUUUCCGCAUCUCUUUUGGCUUUAUUUAUAUGGUUAAUUUUGUGCCGCAACACUCGAGAUGAUACAUGGUAUAUCAGUGUGCUUCUAGGUUAGCUGUUGCCUCUGUAGUGAGCAUCAUGUUUGCCAAGUUUGAGAUUUUCCAAAACCUUUCUAUGAAUCUACUUGAAGUGUUGCAUUUUUAUUUUUUUGCAUAAGAUUACAUAUGAAUUCUCAUGAAAAAUUGUUAAGUUUAAUGGCUGGAUUAACA